CAGCUUUACGGCAGCAGCGGCCCGACAAGCUCGGCGGGGUGGGGGGAGGCGGUGCGGAGCCGGCCCGCCGGGGUGUGCACGCGCGCGCUCGCGCGGGGAGCUGGAUGCCAGGGGGCGGGGGGAGCCCGGCGCCCUGCACUCUGGUGGGAGCGGAGGCGGGGGCCCCCGGCGCCGGCGCGGAGGCGGGCGGCGCGGCGGCCCCGGCGGGCAGGAUGAGCCUGUCGCCCAAGGAGCUCUCCAGCCUGCUGAGCAUCGUGUCGGAGGAGGCGGGCGGCAGCACCUUCGAGGGCCUGUCCAGCGCCUUCCACCACUACUUCGGCAAGGCCGAGCACUUCCGCCUGGGCUCGGUGCUGGUGCUGCUGCUGCAGCAGCCCGACCUGCUGCCCAGCCCCCCGCAGCGCCUCACCGCGCUCUACCUGCUCUGGGAGAUGUACCGCACCGAGCCGCUGGCCGCCAACCCCUUCGCCGCCAUCUUCGCCCACCUGCUCAACCCCGCGCCCGAGCGCGGCGACGAGGCCGAGCGGCCGCCGCUGUCAGGUUUCUUACCUCCCAUAACUCCACCAGAAAAAUUCUUCCUUUCUCAACUGAUGUUGGCUCCUCCUAGAGAACUCUUCAAGAAGACUCCUCGACAGAUUGCCUUAAUGGAUAUAGGAAACAUGGCCCAGUCAGUAGAUAUAAGUGGACUUCAGCUAGCACUAGCAGAGCGUCAGUCUGAGUUGCCAACACAGAGCAAAGCUAGCUUCCCCAGCAUUCUCAGCGAUCCUGACCCAGAUUCCUCAAAUUCUGGUUUUGACAGCUCUGUUGCCUCACAGAUCACUGAAGCUUUAGUGAGUGGACCAAAACCACCUAUAGAAAGUCACUUUCGACCAGAGUUUAUCCGGCCACCACCUCCACUCCAUAUUUGUGAGGAUGAGCUGGCUUGGCUAAACCCAAUAGAGCCAGAUCAUGCAAUUCAGUGGGAUAAGUCAAUGUGUGUUAAAAACAGCACCGGAGUGGAGAUCAAACGCAUCAUGGCUAAGGCUUUCAAAAGUCCUUUGUCAUCUCCACAGCAAACACAGCUUCUUGGAGAAUUAGAAAAGGACCCCAAGCUUGUUUACCACAUUGGCCUCACUCCUGCCAAACUGCCUGACCUGGUGGAAAAUAAUCCUCUAGUUGCUAUAGAAAUGUUGCUUAAACUAAUGCAGUCCAGUCAGAUAACAGAGUAUUUUUCUGUCCUGGUCAACAUGGACAUGUCUUUACAUUCAAUGGAAGUUGUAAAUCGGUAAGUGUUUCUUGUCAUCUUAAAUCUAAACUUAUC